AUGCCGUGCCGGCCGGGAGAGCGCUUCGUGCUGCUCGAGCGGCCGGCGGCCGCCCCGCAGGCGGGCCCCAAGGAGGUGGACGCGCUGGUGGCCAAGCUGGGCGAGGUGCUGCAGCUCAGCGCUCAGCACCGGGCUCCCCGCGGCACCAAGCACCCGGGGCCGGGCAGCGCCCGCGACCGCGCCGCCCCCUACUCGCCUCGCUGCCCCUCGGCGGCCGGCAUCGGGGGCGGCUGCGGGGCCCCGGUUCAGCCGCCGCCAGCCCCGCGGCACGACGGCAGCGGGCCCAGGGUCGCCAAGCAGCUGUGCGGCCGCGGCUGGCUGCGGAGCGCCGCCCGACGGAGGAAGGAGCAGCGGCAGCAGCGGCGGCAGCAGCAGCAGCAGCGGGCGGCGGACGGGCCGGCGGACGGGCAGGCGGACGAGGAGGACGACGACGACCCGCACCGGCUCCUGCAGCAGCUCAUCCUCUCCGGGAACCUCAUCAAGGAGGCCGUGCGGCGGCUGCAGCUGGCCGUGGCGGCCUCCUCCUCUUCCUCCUCCUCCUCAGCCUCUUCUUGCUCGGCGGCCAGCGGCGGGGACGGCGAGGCGCUAAGGGCCCUGCAGUAGCCCCCCCCCCGGGCGAGCUGGGCUGAAGGAGAAGCCGCCAGCGGGGGCUUGGGGGGCGAGGGGUGAGGCCCUAACCCCCUCCCCCCCCCCCGCCUCUUCCUCCUCCUCCUCUUCCUCGCCCGGGGUCCCGGUCCGGCCGGAGCCAUCUGCAAUAAUCCCGUCUGGCGGCCCGGGGGGGGGGGGGUGCCCGGCCCCCUCCCCGGAGGGUUGGCCGGGUGGUGGUGUUAUUUUUUAAUUUUAUUUUAAAUGUUUUAUUAUUUUUUUUUCCUCUCUCUUUCCCGUCGUGACUGUAUGAAGCAGUUUUAAAAAAAUGUGAAUAUCGAAGCUGGAAGGCAGCUGGACUUAUAAUUGUAACGCCUGAGGAGUGAAUGGAGCCAGAGAUGCAUUGUUCGCAUAAGGUAGCUGAAACAAGUUUUUUUUCUACAGAAAAAGAAGGAAAAAAAAACUCAGAAAACAAAUCCACCCCUCCCCGACAAACUCAAUGGCUCAACUACAAGAUGUGGCUGUUGAUUAAAUAUAUGCACUUCGUACCGGAGCGUUUGAAAUGUGUUCCUGAUUUACAGGACUUACUGUCUUAAUUAACCUGUCUGUAUUGAAUAAACGUGGUCUUGUUUUUA